AUCGUCUUCACACUCUAUCCUGCAUACCCGUUCUCGUGCUGAGAACGCCACGUUGCACACGCGUGUAGGCUAUCGCCACGCUAUUCAAGUGUUUUUGCAUCAUUUUCAAUUGUUCACCUUGUUCUCAGAGCUGCUGGAACAUCUAUACCAUCCAGAAGCCAUAUUCACAAAUAUAAACCUCGUCGACACUUCCAGCAUAUUCACACAAGAUCCCAGUCCAGCAUCUCUCAGUCCGCAGCAAGACGAAACGCUCGCAUGUCUCCACAAAGCAUAGCACCUUUCCAAAAGGUCCCCAACUUCCGCGAUGUCUCCUCCUCGACGGGCUCACAGUACUUAACCCCUGGACUUCUAUACCGCUCCGCAGCACCAGACGACGCCACGCCUGUCGACCGAAGUCGUCUCUCCACCGAAAUCGGCCUAAAAACAAUCAUCGACCUACGCUCCGACACCGAACACCACGAAGUAUCUCGCAAAAACCUCUCCAAGAUCCCUCCCGCACUAGACCCCCCCGGUAAACCCCAUAACCACAAAGGAGGACGUGGCCACACCGCCCACAACGAUCCUCAAAACCCUCUACACGUCCCCGGAGUGCAGUACGAACUCAUUAACUUCAACGGCUCCGCUUAUUCCAGCAAUCUCAUUCGCCAACUCUCCUACCUCAACAUGGCCAAACUGUUCACAUGGUACACCCUCGGCUGGAGAACCGAAGCCAUCUCCAUCCUCGGCACAAAUGUCAUGCAGAAACGCGGUCUAGUCGGACUCGCGCAGGAUAGUUUAUCACUCUGUCAGAAAGAAGUCAAACUCGUUUUUGAUAUUCUCGCUCGCCAAGAAAACUACCCACUCAUGGUACAUUGCACACAGGGGAAAGAUAGGACUGGACUGGUCAUUUUACUCGUGUUGUUACUGUUAGGAGCCGACCAGGAAGCUAUCGAGAAAGACUAUUUACUUAGCGAAGACGAACUCGCGAAUGACAAGGCCGAGCGGAUCAGAGCCAUUGCCAAGAUCGGUCUGGGAGAAGAAUUUGCAGGAUGUCCCCGCGAUUGGGUCGAGCAGGUGGUUUUGACUGUAAAGCAAAAAUUCGGAGGCGUGGAGAAGUAUCUCGAAAGCUGUGGCGUUGACGCGGAGCAGCAGAGGAAAAUUAGAGAUAUUUUGAGAAGGCAGGCGAGUUGAUGAUGAGAGGCCGAAGUCCUUGAAGCAGAUUCUAAAAUCUGAUCUUCUAUCUUCGAUAUAUAAUACUAUGAUACUUAUCGGGACGCAGGACGAGCAGCUUGUGAACAGGCGUCUCCAUGAACCAAAACAUGAGCCUCCCUUUCCCAUCCUCGAUGUACGACGUUACAGUUAUCGGGACAAAGCAUGAAGGAUCAGACACUUCAAGGCGUUCCCCUUGUUUUCAGCUGGGCUACAUUCACAUUUGCCCUGAGAGUUGGGCGAGGGAUGUCAAGAUCACUCCGGAAUUUUAUUGCACGCUGGGGGGCUGCGGCUUUCGCAACUCCGACCUUUCCUUAUGGUAGUGGGCCGAAUGGGGAACAGCGUGCCAAGGCAGGGUAGGUAGGUGAGGUAGGCAAGGGCUCUUCCUUCCUCUCUUCGACGCCUUCGACUCGUUCCUCACCAUCCUCAACACAACGUCGAUGCGCUCCAUACUGAUACUGUGAAACUGACUGCGACACUCUGCACAUCCUGGAUCUUCGCCUGGCCACAACCGACCAGACAAGAGCCUGACGACCGCUACCGCACAUGAUUCCCCCGACUGGUUUCCAACCACGCCCUUGCGGAUCAACAAGUCAGGUACCUGUGAAGCGCAACACGGGUAUUCCAUUCGCAAGCUGAUCGGAACGAUAUGAUGAGCUGGUAUCGCAGACCAGCUUUUGGCGUCACAAAAGGGAAAAUGCACCAUAUCCUGCCCCUCGACUACGCUCAACUAGAGUAAUGGGCUUACCAUGGCAGAGCUCCCUGCGAAGCUUGCCCUCUGUCUAUGUACAGGUACUGCAGGAACUCGAUUUCUGAUCACGUCACCCGCACACAUAAAACCACCAUU